AUGUCAGAGUGCCUGGACGUGGGUCUGGAGCUCUGUCCAGUCUGUGGAGAUAAAGUCUCAGGAUACCACUAUGGCCUGCUCACCUGUGAGAGCUGCAAGGGAUUCUUUAAAAGAACGGUGCAGAACAACAAGAAGUACACCUGUGUGGAGCACCAGGCGUGCACGGUGGAUAAAACCCAACGGAAACGCUGUCCGUUCUGCAGGUUUCAGAAGUGUCUACAUGUCGGCAUGAAGCUGGAGGCUGUCCGGGCAGACCGGAUGCGAGGCGGCAGGAACAUGUUUGGCCCCAUGUACAAGAGGGACCGGGCGCUCAAAGAGCAGAGGAAGGCCCUGCUGCAGGCGGCCAGGUCCAGCCUGAAGAGCAGCCUUCCUCCUCCUCCUCCUCCUCCUCCUCCUCACCGAGGCUUCAGCCUCUCCUGCGGCCUCCAGGCAGAUCCCCUCCCACAGCCCCACCCGCUGCUGCCGCCCAGCUCCUCCAGGCUCCCCCAGCACCAGAGCCCCUCCGUCCUGGACUGGUCCGUCAAGGCGGAGCCGAGGAGCAGCUUCACCUCCUCGGAUCCCGGAGGCCUCAGGCUGCCUCCGCUCAUGAUGGAGUUUCUGCGCUGCGACCCGGACGAGCUGCAGCUGCAGAGCAGGAUCACUGCCCGCCUGCAGCAGGAGCAGCAGCGCCACGCCUCCUCCUCCUCCUCUUCCUCCUCCUCCUGCAGCCUGCUGUGCAUCAUGGCCGACCAGAUGCUGUGCUCCAUUGUGGAGUGGGCUCGCACGUCCUUCUUCUUCAAGCAGCUUCAGGUAAGUGACCAGAUGAAGCUGCUGCACCACAGCUGGAGCCAGCUGCUGCUGCUGGACGUCGUCUCCAGACAGGUCCUGUGUGGGAAUGAGAGCCGCCUGCUGCUGAUCACCGGGCAGGAGGUGGAGCUGUCGGAUAUCACCUGUCGCGCUGGGCCCACUGCGCUCAGCCUGAUUCAGAGAGGACAGCAGCUGGUGGAGAAGCUCCUCAAACUCAAGGCCGAUCGCCAGGAGUUCGCCUGCAUCAAGUUUCUCAUCCUCUUUAAUCCAGACGUGGAGGACGUGGUUGACCGUGGCUUCAUAGAGAGCGUGCAGGAGCAGGUUGAAGGCGCCCUGCUGGAGUACACUCUGUCUUCCUCUCAAGUCCUGGGCCGCUUCGCCCUUCUCCUGCAGUGUGUGUCGGAGCUGCAGUCGCUCAGCAGCCUGACUGAGAGCUACCUGCACAGCAGACACCUGAGCGCCAGGGUGUGCUGCAACAACCUGCUGUCAGAGAUGCUCCACGCCAGGCAGAGCUGGACGGGAGCGCUGGCCUGCGCUUAAAGCCAGGAGCUGGAGGACAGAUUAUCAGUCAUCCUCAAUAUUAGAGAGUGGUGUGGGAUUAAAGCUUUAUCAACGAU